AUGGCCAGUGAAUCAAGUGAUGAUGAUUUGUUAAAUAUGGAUGAUUCGGAAGGAAAUUUUGGACAUUUCAUGAUGCUUCAUUGCUUUGCUGCACACAAAGGAAGUACCAUUGGUAGGAUGCCUUGUAGAACAUUAUUGCUUACGGGAAAAAUGUACGUGCUCGAAAUUUUGAAUGGACAUCCGGAAGUGUGUUAUCGUAAUUUUCGUAUGCAGAAACACGUUUUUAUGAAUUUUUGUGAUACUUUAAAAGAAAAAGGGUUGCUGUAUGAUGGGAAAAAAGUGAGUGUUAAGGAGGGUGUUGCUAUGUUUUUGAUGAUUGUAUGGCACACGACACGAUACAGUAUAAUUGGUGAUAGGUUUCAGCAUUCCAAUAACACAAUACACAAAUGGUUUAAACGAGUUGUCAGGGAUGUUUGUUCAUUUGGCAUUGAACUAAUACGUCCGACAAAUCAAGACAUUGUGCAUGAGCGAAUUUUGCAGAAAUAUCCUUUCUUUAAAAAUUGUAUAGGUGCAAUAGAUAGAAUACAUGUUGCUGCUUGGGCUCCUGCAUCGAGACAAACAUCUUUUCGAGGAAGGAAAACUAAUGUAACACAAAAUGUGAUGUUGACAUGUGAUUUUGAUAUGAAAUUCACAUUUGUGUAUUCUGGUUGGGAAGAUCAAUUUUACCUUGUUGAUUUUGGAUAUCCAAAUAUGCUUGGAUUUCUUGCCCCUUAUCGAGGUCAAAGAUAUCAUCUGCGUGACUAUGUUGGACGGGGAAGAUUACGUGGGAAGGAAGAAUUGUUCAACUAUAGACACUCAUCGUGCCGUAAUAUUAUUGAACGUUGCAUUGAAGUUUUAAAGGCAAGAUUUCCUAUUUUGAAGUUGAUUACCAACUAUCAACUUAGUAGGCAAAGACAAAUUCCUACUGAAUGUUGCGCAAUAAACAACUUUAUUCGUCAGGAGCACGCUUUAGAUAAGUUGUUCGUACAGUAUUCGGAGGAGAAUAUGGUGUUUCAAGAUAUCCCGGAGUCAAGUCAAGAUCAAGAAGUCAUAAAUUUUGAUGCUAAUCAAACAGCUCAAAUGGGACAAGUUAGGGAUCAAAUUGCUACACAAAUGUGGAAUGACUAUUCAAGACGUCGUAUAUGA